CCCAAUUCCGUUCCCUCUUAAAAAAAAACGCUCGUCGGCGCUCUCAGUUCGUUGCCGAAACACACGAGCUCCACAAAUCCAACGAAGGAACAAUCUUGUCUUCAUUCAGUGCUGAACCACUUGAUCAUGCCAACCGUAGAAGCACCCACCGGUAGUCCCCGAGUUGGUGCUCUGACAAAACUUCCAGAAGAUGUCCUUGCAGUGGGCCUCCGCAACGACAAGAAGCGCUUCUUUGUUCCCAGCGGAGACAACUCUUUUGCUGGCAUUGCUUACCAGAACGUGAUGAUUGACAGCGGAUGUAACUCGCUCCUCCUCCCCUUCCCUCAAGACGGCAUUUCUGCCUUGACUGCCUUUCAGACAAACGAAUUCUUUUGGGAAAUUUCUUGGUCGGCUGGUGUUGGCGUCAUCAACCCUCCCUCAUUGCUGAUUUAUUGCCAAGAAACGAACGAAGAUGUUGGAAAUUUGGUUCUUGCCGACCGUCAGGUUGUCCCUCUCAAGAUGCUACGAUUCCACCUGGGUAGUGCUUCGGCUCGAACGCUCCUUGACUCUGGCAUUUUGGUAGCAGCAGAAGCAACCAAGCUUGAACAGUUCUUGGCAGAUUUGGAUCCACGAGUCUCCGACGAGCGCAAUUGCGUUCUCUUGGGCCAAGCCGUCUUCUCCCAAGUGUUCUCGCUGCAAGCCGGAAAACUGCUCCUUAUCGCAAAGAGGGGGUACUUUCCAGUGAAAGAAGACUUUCGAGCUGCUUGGAGCGUGAUCCGAAGCUUUGAAGGCCAGGGCUUGAUGCCCAACAACUUCCACGACCUUGACGAUGAGGAUCAUAACGGUGACAUUAUCUCCGCUUGGUCAGACGAGUUCGAAGGCGAAAAUUGGGAGCAAGGAUACUACAAGGACUAGGAGAUCCAACGUCGAAGGUUGCUAUCAAAGCAAGUGUGCGCUACCCCUUGCUACCGCCCCAUCCAUUCGCAACUUUCAUUUUCGCAUCCUGUUUCAACCUGAAAGAUCAUGUCUUCUUCUGUGUAGAAAGAACCGUCACAAUCUCUAUCCAUGGUCAUCUCCUACCUCUCCAUUUCCCAGUCCCUGUGCUACUAGCUGCUGUCUAGGCAGAUUGUACCUAAAUAAGAUUGAGGUCGUUUCCUAUUUGUCACGCAACUUCUUCUUUAUAGAUUCUUUCUCAACCGAAAUACCGGUGCUCAU